ACCAUCAUUCUAAAUUGAUGAUUAGAUAUGGAGAUGAAACAUGUGUAUAAUUUUCAAUUUCUCGUGCUCGAAGUCUUGAACUCUCGAUUACUUUGGAAUUAUUUAAAUUCACUUGUAGAUAUUUUUUUCAACCAAAAAUGGUAAAUAAUUCAAUUACAAAAACAUGAAUUCAAUAAUUUUGUACAUCCUGUGCGUUUCUUCAGUAAGAGUACUAUCAAAAAAAGCUUUACUUUUCAACACAAAGAUUACAGUAGUUCUUGAGGACGUUUGUCGUAAAGAUGGCGAUAGGAUACUUUUCCCAUAUGUAGCAGCGUGCCCUGCUUUUACCCAUCAAGAGAGGCAAUUCAAUCGAGAUGUCUCUCUUACCCAACGAAGCGUAUUCUCAAGACGGAUUUUUGCAGAAAAUGGAUCCUGUAAAAAUACUGAUGUGGAUUUUUGCGAACGAUCAUUCAAACCUGCCAUGCUUUAUGAUACAUGCGAAAAACAGUACGAAAUUGGAUAUGAGGUUUAUUAUAAUGAUGGAGAAAUUCUACACAAAUGGUACAGCGCCAAUAGAAAAGACAAGUAUUAUUGUUUAAGAUCGGUGAAUACAAAAAAACCCAAGCACAAAAUUGAGAAUCGAACAAUAGCCAACUCUACAUCUAAAUUUGUUGAUAGACAUGAAGACAAUAACGAUGUGAAAUUCAGUUUCAAGAAUAAUGGAUCUCGGACGCCGCUGGCUUUUUACUGGGUAAACGUACUGUCUAUAAAUCGCUCUAAAAAUAAUAAACGAGUCCACUUGGAACGUUUUUACUGGCAACACUACGAAUUUACAAAUUUUCAAGAUAAAUGCGAAAAUUACAAUCAAAAUGUUGACAACGUGUAUUUAAAGAAAAAUCAGAAAAAUUUGUUGAAAGAUAUUUUAGCACCUGCGUCUUUAUUUGAAGGAAACCCGGAUCUGUCAUGUGGUCAACCUUACGGCUGUCUAACACCAUCACAAAUCAUACCACUAUGGUUUUUCAGCAAUAACUCAUCCAGGCUAGCCAGUUGCUCGCAUAUGAACUUAAUUCCAGUUUGGAAAAGUAUUGCGGAUAAUAACUUGAAAAAAGUCGACCUCUUCAUAGUUGCAACAUACAAGCAUAGUCAUCAUAUAUGCGAUAUAGUUUUUGGUACUUCUGGCGUGUUGAAAAUGAAAAUAUCAUCCAUUUCCAAUGUAACCAGGAAAAUUUAUUUGUCAAAUGAGAAGCGUGAUCGAAUUGUGGAAAUUCCAAAAAUUAUAUACAGAGUCGUUCGAGUCGAUUUGAAGUGGGAAUACUCUGACGAAUAUAUUUACGCAUACGCCGCCAUCAUAAUCCAUAAUGAUCCCACUGCAGUGCCAGAGACAGAUAGACUUUGCACCAAAAACGAUGCUCCUACAGGAUGGGAAAAAAUAUUCAACGAUGAUCCGAGAACGGGAUUAACUUACGUUUGUCCUAUGACAGAAUCUCUUAACAAUAAAUUAGGUGCUUUCGCCGAUAGCAUUCAAAAAUAUGAAACGCAUCCCUUGAGUUUGAAUGCAGUCGGCUAUAUUAAUUAUGAUCAAGGAGACGACUACUACAUAGAUGAAGCGAAAGAAAUUAACCCAUACUUCGAGCAUUUACUCAAAAAUAACAACUUGGAUUUGGAUACAGUCAGUUAAUAUGUCAAUUUGUACUAAAGCAGUCGACUAAUGUAGGUACAUACAUACAUACAUACAUACAUAGACGAAGUUCAAGACAUUCACCCAUACUUCGGAAAUAUCCCGCCUGAGUGACGUAGCUUCAUUUUGAUUGGUUGCUGAACAUCUACCCACAGGCCACAAGUGAAAUACAUAGAGACUUGUUGAAAAGCAGCAUUUUUUGUACUUUUUUCCAAUGACAGUAUUUACUCGUAUAAGAUAGUGAAAACGAAAAAUAAAGAUUUUUUUAAAAGAC